AUGCUUGCAAAGUACAUAAUUGCGAUUUCUACAUUUGGUUUUCUGCUUUCAUUUACGAGUGGGAGUCAUUUUAGACCUAAACCAGUAUUCUCGAUUUUGCAACAACAUGCAGGAUGUCCUACUGGAUGGGUACAAUUCCGAGACUCGUGCUAUUACAUUGAAAAAGAGAAAAUGCGCUUCGACAAGGCGGAGGUGCGAUGUUUGGAGCGAGGAUCAACUUUAUUUGUCGCCGAUACCCUAGAAGAAUGGACAAAGGUGAUGAGUCACACACCCAAGAAUGACCUUACGUGGACGGGCUUGGAGCAGCAAGAUGAUGAGCGGAUACCCUCAUGGAAAGAACCAGGUGGAAUGGAUCCGCGCAAUAUUGACUGGCUGGUGCCACCUGGAACGUCGACAAGCAACGGAUGGAACACCGCCGCAAAUUGUAUCGCUCGCUUCCAUUCCACCUACAAAUCCUAUUCCUACUUCUACUACUGUGGUCUGGACUUCUAUUCAAUCUGCGAAAAAAACAGCACUCUACUCACAAAGAUCUGGGACCUGAGUGACCGUGGUUCACUUUUCUAG